AUAAAGAAACAAAAACCCAUUCCCAAAGCUGUAGCUGAGCUCAAGUAACCCCCUUUGCCACUCAAGUUUUUCUACCACAGAAACAAAGAAUCACCCAUUUCUAUAAAGCUCUGCAACUCUUCUUCCCCAAAGAUUCAGUCUUUGGUGGAUAGACACUGUGAAAAUGUCCAGUAAAAGAUUUGGGAAGUCAAAGUUGUUGAGAGAGGGGUAUAGGAAGAGCCCCAGAUUGUCUGCUUUGGAAGACUGGAAGGCUUGUGGCACUAGAAUUGGUGCUAUUGCUGGUAAUACUAGCACACAGCAAAUGAAGAGCUAUUUGGGUUAUGAUCAAGGACCAGCUUCUAGGACAAGGGGUAGAAAGAAGACAAGACUCACACCUUAUGAUGAAGCUGCCUACUCUGCUCGUUCAGCCUCACCAAAUUUUGGUCCAGUAGAAACCAGUCAAGAAGAUAACCAAACUAGUAGUGAUCACCAGGUAUUGUGGGGUAAAGAUGUUCAAAAACCUGCCUCAACUGAUCAACAAUCCUCUGCUCUAUCUGCAUUAUGGUUGCCAGAAAAGCAGAAACUUGAGCUGGUUCUUGACAUACUACAGAGGAGAGAUACCAAUGAAAUAUUUGCGGAGCCAGUUAACCCCAAUGAGGUUCAGGAUUAUUAUGAAAUUAUCGAAGAGCCUAUGGAUUUUGGGACCAUGAGGGCUAAACUACAUGAAGGAAUGUAUAAAAAUCUUCAGCAAUUUGAGCAUGAUGCAUUUUUAGUAACAGAGAAUGCAAUGCAUUUCAAUUCCUCAGCUACCAUUUAUUUUAGACAGGCACGCUCCAUACAUGACUUAGCUAAGAAGGUAUUUCACAUUUUGAAAACCUAUCCUGAGAAGUUGGAGUCAGAAUUCUCAGAGGCUAGAAAAAGUACUGGUAGGAGGUCCCAAGUUGAGGUUGGAAAGUCACACUCAUGUCCUAAAGUUGCUACAAAUAUGAAACACCUUGGCAUGAAAAUUGGUGGUUCAUCAAAAGCUAUGCGAUCCUCGCUUAGUGGUUCAUUAAAUACCAGGAAAUGUCUAGCAAAAACUGGAUGCUCUGGUACUGUUACACAAGAGCAGAAACUUCUUUCUGGGACUAAAGAUGAUGGAAGAUCUAUGUCUUUCGAAGCAGAUCGACGCUACACAUAUCGACCUUGGAGAUCCUUCCUCAGUGAGAAUGAGUCUAUUGGUUUGACGUUAUCCACUGAUCUAAAACAACUUGAGCAUGUAAAUCGCCAGGAUAUUGGUUACAGAGAAAGCUUGAUGUCAUUUGUCAAAGAUUUAGGACCAACAGCUAAGAUGAUUGCUAGAAAGAAGCUACUUGGAUGUCUCCAACUGCAAGAGAGUGACUUUCCUUUGGCAUUUACUAGUACCCAACGAGCACCUACCACUACUGCUUUUGCUGCAGCACCCUCUCAUGGCAGGCAUCCUACAAUCAUGAAGACCACUCGCACUACAUUUCAGCUGCCAUCCAGUGGUGACCAAAAUAAUUCACAUGCUGAAUUUUACCCAAAUCAUAGGAAUGAGAUUCAUCAGUUGGAUUCUUAUCCCUUGAAACCUCACACUGGAUCAGACUGCAGUUGCAUAGCUUCUGGGUUCCAAAACACCAGCAACAAGUCAACAGCAAUGAUACUAAACCAAGGGAAGUUGCCUAAUCAAUUACAGUCUUUGGUAUCACCUUCAGAGUCUCAGUCUAAUGUGUUGAGAAACCUGGAAAUUGCAAGUCUUAGUAAUGAGAGCUGCACAUAUAAAUUGACUCCAGCGCCUUUGAGAGGAGAUGAUGAUGAAACAAAAGCUACUCAAGGCCGAAGUCAUGAAUUUAGAAGCUUAUCUCACACUAGCCAAAUGCCAAAACCAGACCAAGUCAAUCCAGUAGUGGCUCGACAGUUCGCAUUCGAUCUGCCAUAUUUGAGAGCUCAACUCGGUAAGAUAAGUUCUUCUGGUCAGGAUCGAUUCUUGCAUAAUGGUUUAAGUGGUGAACUGAACUUUUCUGAUAAUAUAGUUACCAGAGACACUCAAUAUGUACCUGCCAUGUGGAACUAAGACAUCUGCCUAGCUCAUGUUAGUGAUUAUCAACA